GCCCGGGGCAGGUCUCCUCCCCGGGCCCGGCCGCGCCCUGGGCCCACCUGCAGGCCCCGCGGCGGCCUCCGCUUGGCCGGGCUGCCGGGAGCGAGGGCGGGGCGGGAGGCCUGCGUUCCCCGGACGAGCCCCGUCCGUCCGCCGCCCGCCCGCGCGGGGAGGGUCGCGGCCGGGGUGCUGGAGGCCGCCGGGGGGACGCCGGGGGCCCGGGCCGGGAGAGCGCGGACGGAACCUGCUGUCAGGUAUUUACCUUCUGGUGGAGCCGACAUCUGCGCCCGGGAAAGGGAGGACGGAACGCGCCCGAGAGGAUCUGUUUGAGGAGAGGCUUUCCUGAGAGCCGCCUGGGCCCGGCCGUGGUAUUUAAGAGAUUAUGGCAUCUGAAACUCACAAUGCUAAAAAACGGAACUUUUGUAAUAAUAUUGAGGAUCAUUCCAUUGAUCUUCCUAGAAAGAGGAUCUCUAAUUUCACUAAUAAGAACAUGAAGGAGGUUAAGAAAUCUCCAAAACAGUUGGCUGCUGACGUAAAUAGAACAGUUGGACAAGCUGUGAAAAGCCCUAAUAAACUACUUAAGGUGAUCUAUCGCAGGAAGAAAGUUCAUCAUCCUUUUCCAAAUCCUUGUUACAGAAAAAAACAGUCCCCUAAAAGUGGGGGCUGUGACAUGGCAAAUAAAGAAAAUGAACUGGCUUGUGCAGGCCACUUGCCUGAAAAAUUACGCCAUGAUACUCGAACGUACUUGGGUAACUCCAGUGAUUCUGGUUCUUCACAGACAGAAAGCCCAUCAUCAAAAUAUAGUUGUGGUUUUUUUUCUGAGGUUUCUCAGGACCAUGAGACAAUGGCACAAGUUUUGUUCAGCAGGAAUUUGAGAUUGAAUGUAGCUUUAACUUUCUUGAGAAAAAGAAGCGUAAGUGAACUUGUAGCUUAUUUGGUGAGGAUAGAAGACCUUGGAGUUGUGGUGGAUUGCCUUCCUGUGCUCACCAAUAGUUUACAGGAAGAAAAACAAUACAUCUCACUUGGCUGCUGUGUAGACUUGUUGCCUCUAGUAAAGUCCCUACUUAAAAGCAAAUUUGAAGAAUACAUAAUAGUUGGUUUAAACUGGCUUCAAGCAGUCAUAAAAAGGUGGUGGUCAGAACUGUCAUCCAAAACAGAAAUUAUAAAUGAUGGAAAUAUUCAGAUUCUAAAACAACAAUUAAGCAGAUUGUGGGAACAGGAAAACCAUCUUACUUUGGUUCCAGGAUAUACUGGCAAUAUAGCUAAGGAUGUAGAUGCUUAUUUAUUGCAGUUGCAUUGAGAGACACUUCAUCUACUAACAUCCCUGGACUAUAUGAUUUUCCCUAAGUGUCUCACCUGAGAACUGUGAACUGUGGAAGAAAUCAAAAGCAUUUUUUUUCUUUUUUAAAAAGCCACAUAACUAAACCACUAAUGAAAUCCUGUAAUCUACUUCACAUUGAAGUGGAAAAAUAUCCAAAAGGAGCAGCUUCAACUUUAAAGAGGUGAAAGUGCACUAUGAAGAUUGUUCACCUUUGCUGCGCUUGGGGUUAUUUGGUAACAUCGUUUAAGAACUACUGGGUCUUAAUGCAAUCCUGUAUAAGAAUAUAAUUUAUAUUAUGUGAAAAAAAAGAAAGACAGGACUUAUUACUAGGAAUCACAAAGACCAAUCAUCAUUACUUUAAGAUUGUGUUUUAUAUAUAAGAAAACACUUAAAUGUACGCAGCUAUUUUCUUAUGUUGAAAAGAUUUUGAAAGUUUAAAACAUAAUAGCAAAUAAUCUAUACCAAAAGUUUUUUGUCUGCACUGAGAUAUUGUGUAUACAAAAUGCCAUAAUUAUAAGCCAAUAUGUAUGAUAUCAAUACCUGUUUUAAAAAAUUUUAAACCAGCCAUGCUUCUGGCAUGAUAAAAUCAUGGAAUUAAAUCAGGGGUUUCCAUUCAUGUAGAAUGUUGUUAAAACUUAUUCCACAGCAUUUUUAAAACGAGACUAUUUUUAGUACCUCCGAUUUUUUUCCCCAGACUCAUCAUGUCAUGUAUGUAUAUGUUAUUCCUAUAUAAAAGAAAAAGGUGAACAUGUAUUUGUAUGAAUGCUUAACUGGAAAUGUCCAUGGAGUUGGCUAAUUUAUAUUCACUUUUUAUUGUAUGUAGAUUUCUAAUACUUUCAGUUCUGUAUCAUUUACACUUCUUUCAUUUGAGUAAAUUCACUAAAUAUUUCUAGUUAUUGCUUUUUUUAAUUCUGACUUUAUAUGAAUUCUAAUUCUUUUUUACUACAUAUGUUUUAAAGAAUUAUAUACCAUGCUUUCUAAAUGUUUACAAUUAGUACUGACUUUGUAUUUUAAAUUCCAACACUUUAUAUUACUACCUCCUCUAAUUGGUAUGAAUGCCAGCAGACUGUAUGAGGUCUUUUUUUUUUUUUUAUUCAUUUUUGGUGUCAGUGAACCCACUUCUGGAAUGUGUUAAUAGCUGUGUAUAUCUUACCUUGAAAGUGAUUAGGGUUUAAAUAUCACUGUUGGUGGUUUUAUACAUCGUCCCAUCUUUAAUAAUUGUGAGAGGUAUCUGAGCAAAGAUUUUUAGUAAUUGAAUUACUCUGCAAUAAUCUUCAAGUACAUGAAUGUAAAUCUUUAGCAUUUAUCUAUUUAGCCACUCGCUACUGAUAUGAAUCCCAAAUGAACAUCUUUCUUGUUUUAAAAAUGUUAUCUUUCACUGAGUUCUAUUUUUAUGUAGCAAUAUUUCAUAUAGCUAUGUAUUCCUCAGAGUGAGCAUCAACUGUAGUGAUUUUUAUUUUCUUAAAUCUUUAAACUACAAUAACUUCAGAUUACUGCACUUCUGUGAUAUGAGUUAUUUAAGAAGUUGUUUUUCAGGAGGAGGGAAUUUGAAUCAUAAGCCUGCAUCAUCUCUGAAACAUUAUGAUGAUGAAAUAGGACAUUUCUUUGUUCCUAUUCCUUGAAUUAUCACUGUCUUAUCUAAUAGUUUGAACUAGUUAGCUCAGUUGGAGCAUGGUGCUAAUGAGGCUAAGGACAGUUCAGUCAUUUUAUAGAUUGGUUAACUUAACACACACACACACAGAACUAUUCAUGGCUACAUAUUUUAUCUUCUCUUAAGAAAUUCAACUCUUGGUGUGUAAACCAUCUCAGCAUAAACCCUUCACCUCAAAUGGGAAGAUAACUCAGAUACUUGGUGUAUGUCAUAGGGCAGACUUGUAAUCUAGUAUUUAAGAUAUACCUAAAAUACUAUGGCACUGUAAUUUUCUCUGGGUAAGAUCAUUGAUUAAACAGUAUCUUUCAAAAAUCAAGUUUCAAUAACUCAAACUUAAGUACAAAUAUAAAUGAUACAUAGUAAGGAAUGGUAUUAUCCUGUUAAUAAAGAGUUCCUGUGCCUAAGUUUGGGUUUGUUGAAGGAAAGUAAUAAAACUUUGUUUUAUUUACUAGGAACUAUAUAAGGCAGCAUUGUCUUUAGCUUACAAAUAUUCACACACUCCUCAUUUCUGUUCUUGGCCUUCACAGUUUACUUUAAUAUCUACCUCAGUUACUGAGUUAUGAUUAGUAUGCGGUGAUUUUUAGAUUCCUGCAUAAAUAUCAUUGAACACUUCAGUUGCUAUUAAGCUCUUCUCAUGCUGUUUAAUCAGGACAGUGUUAAUCUCCAGAAAGAGCCAAAGAAAGUGUCUACAAAGUAUUUUGGCUGUUGUAUUGGCCUAAUUAGGACAAUUACUAUCUGUCAUUGCUCAUUUUUGCUGUGCUAUUAAACAGUAUACAGAGCUGAGGGACUACCCAAGGUCUCUAUGCCUUUUUACCUCUUCUACUUCAGGUUUUCUCUACUUCACAAGCCUAGGGACAGGUUGUUUAUUGGGGUGAUAGAUGGUUAUAAUCAAGUAAUUCUAGGUAGAAAGUGAGUGGAUUUUGUAAUGAGUGAUCAUGAUUAGAAUAAGGGUUAAAAGUUAGGAAGCAAGAAUUAUCCAGAUGGUUUUUAAAGUUAAUUUUUUGGCAGUAAUUUCAAAGGUAAUUGACACAGAUUAUUUACAUGAAUCUUGAGAUAUGAAAAUUGGCUAUAAAUAUCCACUUGGGGGAAUCAUUAAUAUUAGUACUGAACUUUAAUGGCUGCUAAGGAGUUAAAUCCUAAUGCCUCUAAACAUACUUGGUACCUGUCAAGUCCUAACCUUAAAAAUGUUUGUAUGGGUUCAAAGCUGGAUUUCUGGCCUUUGAGGUAGUAAUUUUCUUAAACUUAGAACAUUUCUAUAUUUGGCAAGUUGUUGAUGUAAUUAACAUUUAUGGAUAACUGAGUAAUAACUAUUAGCUAUUAAAUGCUGGUAAUAGAAAUCACUUAAAUGUUUACUUAAGUUUAAUUAAGGGGUUUGAAACAUCAGAAUUUUAGUUAAUAUUAUGGUAGUCAUUCCAGUUAUCUUUAUUCCUAUUUAAGAACAAAAUAGAAGCUUCAGGUUGCCUUUGUUGAGAUAAGACAAAAUAUUAAAGCAGCUGACUAAACUGGAGUGAUCCAUUUGGAUGCACUACUUAACUUUAAAUACAGGCAUUAUGUUCUAGACUACUUCAGAUGGAAAUAGUAUUGCUGAACAUUUGUUGGCAGGUAUUUACUCCUAUGUUAUUACUGUUUCUCCCUUAAUUUCUAAUUCUUCUAACUAUGAAAAUGGUCAUAAAGCUUUGUGACACAUUAUUCCCUCUCCUUUUUUAUUCUGUAACAGGAAUAUAGAAUAAAAAGUUCACACCCA